AUGAACUUCUUUAAGUCAUUCGGAAGCAAUUACACAGCAUUGUCCACUGAUGAUGGGGCACCAUUACCACCACCAGCCACAGAACCAACGCAACCGAACUCCUUCAGGACUCGUAUGCUGAAGUUGAAUCCCUUCAGGAACAACUCAGUGUAUUUGGAGGAUGACGACAACUAUGUGACCUCUGAGCCAGGAUAUUUCGAAUUGAGUAGAUGGGAUAGAAUGCUUAUAUUCGGAUUAACCUUUGGUGGCUCUGUUUGCUGCUACUUGAUAUGCAUAUUUUUGUUCCCAAUUCUUUCGUUGAAACCAAGAAAGUUUGCGUUAUUGUGGUCUUUAGGAUCCAUUCUAUUUCUAGUGAGUUUUGGAGUUUUACAGGGCACAAAAGCCUAUAUAUUACAUUUGUUCCUGUCAACCAGGAUUAUUUUCAGUAUUGUGUUUAUCACAAGUAUUAUGAUGACGUUGGUGUGCAGCGUUGGGUUGAAGAGUACUUUAUUAUCAAUCAUUUUUGCCGUUAUUCAGUUGCUAAGUGCAAUUUGGUAUACCGUCAGUUACUUCCCAUUGGGGAAACAAACGCUUAACUUAGCCAGUAGCGUAGCCAGGAGUCAAGUUGAUAGUUGGAUUUCGUCAUAG